AUGUUGCUUCUACUACUCUUGUUUCAGCAGACAACGGCAGAUUUACCCCAAGCCCCCAGCAUCACCAAGAACAUCACUUCUUGCCCUGACGUGGGCUACUUCUUCCAGCGAGAUGUGAUACCAAAUGCGAUAGAGCUUGGCCCAUGUCUCCUGUGCUUCUGCAGGGACCCACAAUCAGCCGUCUGUUGGAGACGAGAGCGCAGCCGUUGUGAUACGAAAAGUUAUAAGCAUUAUGGUAUACGAGAAACGAGAGUCAAACGUAGUCCAGCGUUUACUGAUAUUUUCUUCCGAGACGCCGCAAGAGACAUUUUCGACAAGCGAAUUAGCGAACAAUGCAAGCCUUAUGAGUCGAGUUUCAGCGAAGGAUGUCCUCCAGCGGAUUGGUGUAUAGGUUGCACAGUAUGCGACUGCGACGCUAACGGACGAUGGGAUUGUCAUAUACUAAGUUUCUGCCCGAAUAAAAACGGCAAGAAACAAGAGAACAAGCAGAAAGUACCAUUCAAAAAAAGAAUUGUCAAGAGGAAUGAUAAAGGUAAUGGGAAAUCGGGUUGGACAAAAAAGGCGCCGAAUGUAAAAAGUACUAAACCUAUGAAGAAACCUAAAAAACAAUAUAAACCACCGUCUAAAAAGCCUUCAGUGAAAAAGCCAAACGCAAGAAAAAAUAAUAUGAAAAAUAACAAAAACAAGAAAAUACCUUACAUGAACAAAACUCAAAGAAAACCGAAAAAGCCAACAAAAACUAAACCGGCAAACAGAAAGUUUAUGAAUAAAAAGCCUUCUCCUCAUGAAUUAUCAAAAAAAUCCUACCGAAGUGCUCUACAGAACGUAAAACACAAAAACGAUACAUACAAGCUAGCAGAAGCAAUUGUUAAAAGAGUUAUGUCUAAAGUAGACAAAAUUAUGUCUGACAGUAAAAUGAGAAAUCAAAAUGCAGCUAAAGGUAAAGUAGUUCAAAAACGAUCAAUGCAAAAACAUUAUCACCAUAAGAAGCCAACACAAGCAAAAUCCAAGAAGGCCAAGCAAAACAAAACUAUGAAAAAAGUUAAUAAAAAACCAUGGAAUAAGAAAGUGACGUUGAAAAAGCAAACGGGAAAGCCGAGCAAGGGAAAGAGACAAAAAAGGAGCGUUACAUUAUCAGACAAUAACCACAAUGUUGUUGGGCCCACACCAACGCCAAACGAAUUGCAAAACUUCACAGAAAUAAAAUUCAUGAAAGAUGUAAUUCGUAAUUCAACCACUAUAUCGUCCCAACCAAUUAAUUAUUACAGAUAUGAUAUAAAUACUGAUGAAAAAACAUUCACAUUAAAUAAUAUCACGAGUACAACAUUCGAUGGAAACAGUAAUAUGGAAUAUAAUAAUGAUGCACGGGUCAAUUCGAGUAAUUCUGGGUGUACAAAAGGUAACACUACAAUUGGUAUGUACUUAAUGAAACCAGUAGCUUCAAAGUAUAAUGAUACCAUUUAUGAUGGAUGGGAAGAUCACAAUGAAACAUUAACAAAACAAAAUUUGAAUCAUUCAAUAAAUACAAACAAGAAAUUCAUCCAUAGAUACCAGAACAUUGCCAAGAAAACUAAUUCCCCGGGGAAUUGUAAAUUAAAAAGGAUUUUUAAAGAAUUUUUCUUCGGUCUACAUUCGAAUAAUACCGAAGAAGUUAAAGCCAAAGUGAAGAGCGUGGACAUAUUGUCCGUGCUGAAAAAUUUGUUGAAAAACAUUUUUGACAAAAAGAAAAGCAGAAGCAAGAAAUACAUAAAGGAAACAUCACAACAGAAAAAUAUUCUUAAUUCACUAUGCAAAAACUUCGGUGCAUGUCAUCCCGACUUAAAAGACAAAGCAUUGAAAUCGAAAUUGAAACAUUUGAAACAGGAGAUAUAUGAUAUUCUUAAAAUUGUCAGAAGUAUUAAAGGCUUGUUAUAUUUAUUGAACAACAAAGACAAUGUUACUUUAAAUACAUGUCAAAAGAAUGAUAUUGAGAAAUUAAAGGUAAUUUUAAGGGAACAUUACCUAAUAGAUCCAACUCUUUUUAAUGUAACGGAGACACAACGCAUUCAAGUUAAUUAUAUCAAACAAAACGCUCAGGAAUUUGUAAAGUCACUCGAAAAGUUUGCCUUCACACUGAGUGACAUUCUGAAUAUAAUAGAAAAGCAACAUAAAUAUAAGGAUAAAAAUUAUAUUAGACCUUCACGAUGUACCAAAAAUGUAACAAAACAAAACAGUGUUCAAAAAACUGAUGAUAAAAUAAAUCGAUUAAAGAAAUUGCUGCUGAGUUACAAUUUAGUUCAGAAUAGGUUUAUGUCAAAAAUGUACGAUGCUUUAUUAAGUUUACAAGGAAAUGUAAACGAUACAAAUAUCAAACAUGUAGAAAAAAAAGUAAUUAAUUCAACUGUCGACGCUUAUUCUGAAAGUGUAAUUAGAAAUCUGAAGAAACUUAAGAAUUUAAGUCAGAGAUUGAACCCUAAAAAGCGGCUGAAAAGAGAAGCAAUGGGAGAUGAAGACGCUAUUGAGUAUUUAUUAAUGCUUAUGGAAUAUUUACUUAAGCAGAAUAAGCCUGUAGAUGUGACUCCAGUAAAGGAUGGAAUUGAUUUAUUGUUAGAUGCUAUCAAAAACGCUCCUGAUAUUAAACUUUUAAGAAAUAAUGUUGCCAAAUUUAAACCAGUGCGACCAAUCCCUACGCGAACCACGGAGUCGUCAGAAAAUGAUUCGAAAACUUUAAAUACGGUUGAAAAUAAAAUAAUGAAUGGUGAUGACAAUAUUAUUAAGACCGUCGAAUCAUUUGGUGACGAUCAUGAGGAAAGUAUGAAGUUUAUUAAAAUUGACAAAUACGUUACACCUGCAUAUGAUUCAAAUGUUAACAUAUAUAAUCCCAGACAUUACAAUAUAAAAGGUGAAGAAGUAGGCGACACGUUUCCUGUAUAUAUAAGCACUAAACAAGAAUCAACGAGUAAAGGCGAUAAUUUUGAAGAUAAAUUAGUGAAAAGCAAAUACGACAUUUUUAAUGCUGAUGCCGAAGAAGAGUAUGACGGUAUAGAGGCUUCAACUAAAAAGUCAAUCACAGAGGCAAUGAAAAUUGACGACUAUAAGUUUCAAAUAGAAAUCGAUAAAGAAAAGGAAAAACUACGGCAUAAUAUUGAAACAGAUAUAAAAAUAGACAGAGAUGAAACUAAAACAACAAUCGACGCUAAUAUUAAAGACGACAGAGAACAAAUUAGCCCAAAGUUAGACUGGGUUGAAGAUACAAUGGAUCAGGAUGUUAAAAUGUCAUCUCCAGUAACCGAAUCAACAACAAAACAAACUACAGAAUCUCGUCGCACACACAAGGCUCGACUUGUUACUCGAACAAGUAAGAAACGCACGGACAAGUAUGCAAACCCAGUUAGUGGCAUGUCUAGUGAGGAAAUAGAUACGAAAAAGCAAAACAAAAAGAGCACAGAUGUCGUAAGGGUGAAGCCAAUGGAUCUCUUUAAUUCAUUGGAUUAUAAUACAGACAAAAUGGAAAUCGAGUCAGAUUCCAAGGAAGAUAAAAAUGAUGCUUUUUCUGACUUCGUAUAAAUGUAAAUGUAAUGAUAACAUAUUUCAUGAUUUGUGCAAUUUAGUUUAUGUAAAACGUCUGGGCCAAUAAU